AAUGACUCAGUGGUGUCAGCUACAGCAACUUGAUUCCAAGUUUUUGGAACAAGUUCACCAGCUAUAUGAUGACAGCUUUCCUAUGGAAAUCAGGCAGUACCUGGCACAGUGGCUGGAAAACCAGGAUUGGGAACAUGCAGCCAACAAUGUAUCUUUCGCAACGGUGUUAUUCCAUGACCUGCUGUCACAGCUUGACGAUCAAUUUAGUAGAUUCUUGAUAGAAAACAACUUUUUGCUGCAACACAACAUAAGGAAGAGCAAACGUAACCUUCAGGAUAACUUCCAAGAAGACCCAAUACACAUGGCAAUGAUCAUCUACAACUGCCUGAAAGAAGAGAGAAAAAUACUGAACAGUGCCCAGUUGUCGAAUCAGAUGGAAGUGGGAAGCGUACAGAACACUGUGGUUGGGAUGCUGGACAAACAGAAGGAGCUCGAUACUAAAGUUAAGGCUGUAAAAAACAGCGUUAUAGACGUGGAACAAGACAUCAAGACAUUAGAGGAUAUGCAAGAUGAAUAUGACUUCAAAUGUAAAACCUUGCAGAACAGAGAGCAUGAGCCCAACAGUGUGUCACAGGAGGAAUUUAAGAAAGAACAGAUGAAUCUCAAGAAGAUGUUUUUGUCACUUGACCUCAAGAGAAAGGUAGUGCUCUAGUUUUCUUUCAGAAGGC